GGGCCCUUAUUAUGAAUUACGAAACGAACGGCAGAAAAAACGAAACUCGAAGAAACGAAAGUCAUGGUGAAGAGCGAUUAUAAGAUACGAAAAUAGAAAACAAAAAAAAUUGCCAGGCAAAAACGAAAAAUGAUAAUUUCUUAAAGGAGCAACUAACUUCACUCCUAUUAACAAAUGUCAAAAUAUAAAUAAAGUCGAGGAAGUUUCAAAAAUAAAUGUAAUUUGCAUAAAUUCUAUAAAAUGUUUUUUCACUGCGAUUAUUUUCUUGAAAGCGAAGAUGAAUCCCAAACUAACGAAGAAGAGGAAAUGCGUAUAAAAAGAAGAGUUUUAAGAGAUUCAUCGAACCCCAUGAGCCUUCCAAGUUCAACGUAAGUAAAGUGAAAUCGAUUCAAUCUAGUAUUAAAAAAAAACCUCCUAAAAUAUUUGUCAGGUUCAAGCUUCUUUAUCGUUUGAACAAGGACGCAUUCAAAUAUGUAUUAGAAGAGAUCGAUCCUCACCUUCCUAGUUUCAAUUCUACAUACAUACCAAAUGUAUUGAAAUUAGCUGCAACACUCCGGUUUCUGGCCGAGGGUGGUUACCAAAGAGAAACCGGACAGGACUUCCUUGUUGGUAUGGCACAACCAACUUUGUCGGUCACCCUCUCAAAAAUAUUGACAAUCAUGGAAAAAGUUCUCUGCCCAAAGUUUAUAUCCUUUUCAUCGACGGAAGAAGAAAAGACUGCAAGCAAACAACAUUUUUACGAAAAAUUUGGGUUUCCUGGCAUUAUCGGUUGUGUAGAUGGAACACACAUCAAAAUUAUAAGACCAGUAGUAAAUGAGCAUCUUUACUUCAAUAGGAAAGGUGACCAUAGUAUCAAUGCAAUGAUCGUCUGUGAUUACAAAAUGAGAAUCCGCGCUAUUGACGCCCGUUAUGGAGGAGCGUCCCAUGACUCAUUUGUCUUCAGUUUAAGCGCCUAUCGCAGACACCUUGAGCAGAAAUGGAAUGAUGGUGAUAGGAGAAGUUGGUUGUUGGGUGAUUCUGGGUACACUCUGGAACCGUGGAUGAUGACUCCCUACCGAACUACGCAAGAAGGAGGUCGAGAAGAGCAUUUUAAUACUAUUCAUUCUAAAUGCAGGAAUAUUGUUGAGAGGACGAUAGGCGUUUUAAAAUCUUGGCUUGGCUCGUCGGCAAGUAAUUUUUUGCUAUAUUUGGAUUGGUUUCCAUAA